AUGGCAAAACUUUUGAGAUUAGUUAUUGUCACUCUACUUCUUGGCAUUGUAUUCAGUAAGGAUUCCAUUCUUUUUCCAGGUAAUCUUAGACAUCGUGUAAUUUAAUUUCUCGGAGUUUAAAUAAAUUUUAAAAGGCCAAAACGAUUCUUUUUCAGUCCCUUCACCUCUUUGGUUUCAAGAACUAGGGGGUUUGGUUUGGUUUUUGGCCCUUUCGUUCUUUAGUUUGGGGUCGUUUUGCGACCUUUCAAGGGUCCUUUUGGCCCUUUUUAAUUAACAGUAUAAAGUUAGUGUAUCGCCAGCUUUAUGCGAUUUCCGAGUUCAAGUGUCUCUGAGAGCAAGAAAAACUAGUGUAUUUAAUGCAUUGUAUUUAAUUAUGAUGGUAGAAUUUAUUCAAAAAGAGUGAACAAUCCUGUCCGAAAUUUGUAGCACUGCACAAAAGAGAACAGUUAUAGUCAGACAACACUUUUCUUUCAGGGGGUGAUACAGCGUUUCAAAAAUGGUUAAAUGAAAUAUACACUAGGACCCAAAUCGAUCCUACGACCAUGAAGCGGGUGACUGACUACGUAACAGAGCAGAUCAAGUUAAUAACAGAUGAAGUGAAAAAGCUUGACAACUGUUUUGAUUUUGUUCAACUGCCUGGCUCAGCUGCAGAAGAUCUAAAGAUUCUCCAGCCGGAUCCAUUUAAAUUUGUUCUUUACAACGAAAAAUGGACGAAGAAUAUAGACUACAACGAAGAUACGAAUACGCCUGGGUUUGCGUUCGCGAUUGAGGAGAAAACAACCUGCCUUGACACGUACGUUAACACAAGCGAAGUAUUUAUUAGUAGUAUUUAAAGUAUAAGUUGGAUCAAGUAAGUGUAUAAGUUAACUAUACAGUGCAUGAAAAGGAGUAUCCAGGUCAGUAAAUAGAAUCUUCUACAUUUGAUGAAUGAGACGAAACAAGCCUCUUCAUGAGGUUCUUAAUAGGGUCCAUUUCCAGUACCCUGAGAGCAGAGCCUGAUUUCCCCUCGCGUAGAAAAUAAGGCUCUGCCGUUUUUGUGUUUAAUUUCUGUCGAGCAUGCUCUGUUUCCAAUAUUAUGACAAAACAUGUCAAAGAUCACUUGUAUUUUUAGAAUGACUGCUAAAUUUAGAGAACCAAUCGCAUGCAGUUAUCGCUACAUGCUGGGUGCGUGCAACUGCACGUGCUGUACAAUUACAACAAUAUAGAUAAUACAAAAACAUUUUCAAAUCGAUAGCUUUGACACUUGUCAGUUGUGAAAUCAAACUAUAUAUUUUUACAAUUGCUGACUUGCUUGUUUAUUUUAUCCUGUGUUACUUUUCAGUAUAUGUUAGUUUUUAUCAGUCAAAUUUCGGUUAUAAAGUAUAAAGUUUUAAAUUUUGUAAAUAUAUAGCGGGCUCAAAUUGUAGUCAUCGGUUUACAUGCAAAACGAAGACAUCAAAAAAUAUUUAAAACCGGUUAGAACUGGUUUAUUACCGGUUUACUUCGUCCAGAAUUUUGGACGAACAAAAACACGAAAAUGGCAGAGCCUCAUUUUCUACGCGAGGAGAAAUCAGGCUCUGCUGUCAGGGUAUUUUUCCAGCUAGUUGUGCAGGUGAUGAAAUUUUAAAGGCAGAUCUAUAACAUAACUGUGGUGUUAAAGUUACUACAUUUUAAACAUUACAGUAGAUUAAUAAUAUACAAGCGAUAUUUAAGACUGAAAAUGGUUUUAAAUCUCACUUUUCAGAGUUUAUUAUAUCAUGAAACACAUUUAUUUGGUACUGUAGAAAUCACCGUCAACUCCACCAAAAAUCACCACUCUUAUUUCCAUUAUUCCAUAAUUAUUAAAUGCGUACCAAAUAAGAACCUUUUCCAAAUUUCAGACUGAAUUAGUGGUUCUUACGAAAAAUGCAUCAGUCUCUAAACGGAACAUUUCUUAGGCUACAGCAUUUUAAUCCAAAAGGUUUACUGGAAUUUCAUGUAAUACCUCAAAUUAGAAUAUGAAAACGAGACGGACAUCGCGGACAAACGCCAACCGCAUGCGCGAGUCUACACAUGUGGCGGGGAAAUGUCUGCAAAAACAAUAGGAGUAUAAACAGAAAUAAGAAAGCCAAAGGAAACGGCUAGAGGUUUAAGUUACCGCAUCUUUAUUGUGGCAAGACAAAGUCAUAUCGAGUCUAACCCCCUCGCAACUUUCUUUACCUAAUUUGCUACAGCUUGCUUACUCGCCUUAAAUUACAAAACAUAAUCCCUUGAGUGUACCUUUCUUUAUUUGCUUAAGAUAGAACACAAAAUAUACGUACUGGUACAAAAAUGAUUGAAUGGGUAGUUGUAUUGUGACUUUAAGUGAACAGAAAUGAUGGCGUAUAUGGUUGAAUACUUUGAUAUGCAUAUUUUAUAAAUCUUCCAGUCUCAGCGGAUUCAACUGCAAUUUAUCCCUAUGCAAAACGCGUCAUUUGGAUGAGCAAUCGACACUCCAAAUUGGUGUAUCCCUUCUAUAGGCCAAAUUCAACGUUUUGAUUUCAUGCUCAUGAAUCAUUAAUUUGAUCCGGUCCUCGGACUGAAUUAAUUUUAAUCUAGUCCUAGAGGACUGUGUCAUUACGCUUUAAAUUAAUAGGUAUAUCCAGGAUCAUUGUAUGGGCAAAAUGGAGAAGGUUGGAGGGAGGCGAAAGAAAAAGAACUUUUCCCUACCUUCUACCCCCCCCCCCCCCACACCGGCUAGCUAAAUAAAGCAAUAUGGUUAGCUGAUUUACUUAAGAAUUAUUAAUUAUUUUCAAGUUGAAGUAAUUUGCAUAAUUGCCUAAUUUACAUACAAGCUAUUUGGAAUGAAGUGAGUCCAUAUACCAAGCAAGCUGAAAUUUUUCCUUGACCGCGAUGGGAACUGAAUCGGCGAUAUUAGGCCCUGCCGUGAUCAAGGAAAAUUUUCAACCUUGCUCGGUGUGGACACACUCAGAGUAGCUUCAUCUCAAAUAUAUACAUCAUGUCUUAACAGGUAUAAACUCAAAGACCCCCAAAAUGGAAUCGAUCCAGCCAAAGUGAGAGCUCAUAUGCUAGAGAUCGUGACAAAAGCUUUGGGGAUAGUAGGAAUUAAAACAAAGGAUACGCCGGUCGGUCCGUCUAUUAAUUUCCAAAUACCAUCCAAAGAAAAUUCGUUCGAGUAUAUCGACAUCGAUUUGGUCUUAUACAUCAAGCAGAAUGAUUGGCCAAAGAGUGCUGAUCCAAAAAUAGACCCCACAUUGAAGGCAGUGGGUGUUGGACUUGUCGCAAACGUACUCGAACCACCUCAAGAUAGCAGACUUUGGCAAAUUUCAUUCUCCGCUGCGGAAAUAAAGCUUUUCGAAGGCAUCGACGCAGAUGGAGGAUCCCGAAAGAAACUGUUGAAAAUCGCGAAGUACUUGAAGAUAGCUAGCAAGUGGCCUGAAACCAUCUCCUCGUAUCACUUGAAAACCGAAAUAAUGAAGAUGAACCGCGACCAUCCAAGCAAAGAUGACUGGACCGACUCCAAACUCGUUCCUCGCUUUAACGAAUUGAUCUUAAAUUUCCUUAAAGCACUUGAAGCAGGCAAAUUACCAAGUUUUUUCAUUCCUACCUUCAACCUGUUCCAAGGUACAGAUCUCGGUACGGCCAUCGAAAGAGUGGAGAGUUUGAUCAGUGCAAUCGAGACCAACCCUGAUUCAUGUUUCCCACCAUCAAGCGCGCCCUGUGCUCCCUCCGAUGGUCUGUCUUAGAAAUUACCUUUGAUUACUAAACUAAAGAAGUUAUCUUCUUUUUUUUAAACCAACGAGCGAGAAUGAAAUUGAGAUUGUA